AACGGUAGCAGAAUAAUUACUACUACCCGAAUUACCAAUGUUGCCAAGUCAUGUUGUUGUAAUUCUGGUGACCAGCUAUAUCAAAUGGCACAUCUGAGUAGUAUUGAUUCUGAAAGACUGUUUUUUAAGAGAAUUUUCGGCCUGGGCAAUGCAUGCCCUCCUCAUCUGAAGACGGUUUCAGCUAAAUUGUUAAAAAAAUGCAGUGGACUGCCAUUGGCUAUAAUUACAAUUGCAAGUUUGCUAGCCAAUAAACCACGAAUCAAGGAUGAAUGGGAGAGACUGCAAGAUUCCAUUGGCAUCGACUCUUCACAAAAUGAUGAUAGUUUAAAAUCUAUGAGAGAUAUAUUGUUACUUAGUUAUUGGGAUCUUCCACAGCACUUGAAGACUUGCUUAUUGUACUUGUGUAUAUAUCCGGAGGAUCACCAUAUUGAGUGCGAAGAACUAAAAUGGAAGUGGAUAGCUGAAGGAUUCAUUGAUACACGGUGGGGAAAUUUGGGUCAAGAAGCAGAGAACUAUCUUAAUGAACUUGUCAAUAGAAGUAUGCUCCAACUGGUUGAUAUGAACUAUGACAGCUCUAUACAGUGUUGCCAGGUUCAUGAUAUGGUGCUUCAACUUAUAAUAUCUCUGUCGGAUGAAGAGAAUUUCGCCACAGUUUUGAAUGGGCGUGUCUGCAAUUCUUUGCCAAGCAAGAUCCGCCGACUCUCUAUUCACUCUAAUGUCCAACAACAAAAAGUAGCAGUUGAUGCCAUCGGAAGAAGUGAGUUGCAUGCUCGCUCACUGCAUGUGUUCGGGAAAUUUAAGCAGAUACCCCUAGUGGUUAACUUCCUUUCUUUGCGGGUGUUGGAUCUACGUGAAGGUUCUUGUAUCUGGUUCGGAAAAAAGCAAAUACAGAAUAUAGGAAGUUUAUCUCAGCUGAGGUAUUUAAGACUUCACAGUUCAGAAAUCACAGAGCUUCCUGAAGAAAUCGGGAUGCUACAGUACUUGGAGACUCUUGAUUUGCGGCGUUGUUAUUCACUCACAGUGCUGCCAUCAACUGUGGUUAGGCUGCGGAAG